CCCCGCACCCGCCUCACGCCAGCCGGGAACCCCGCGCCCCUCCCGCAGCGGCGGCCGGAGGAGGAACUUUAACCGGGACUGGAGGAUGCUGCGCGGGCUGCCCGCGGGAGCCGAGCGGCUGCACUGAGCCCGCCACCCGGCGCACUCGCACCUGCCCGUGAGAGGAGCAUCUGCGGGGCCGGGGGCAAAGGCGCUGCGGUCCCCCCCCCCAGCCCAGCCAUGGUGGGCGCGGGGCGCCGGGCUCAGCCCUCCCCUUGACAGCUCCAGAGACCCCGGCAGCGUCUCGGCCCCCCUCCUCGCACGCCUCCCACCUGCGCCUCUCCCCCAGCCCUGGCGCGGCUGCCUGGAGCUCUCCCGCCGCCUCGGGAUGAAGCCCGCCGCAGGGGCUUCCGCUAAGUGAACCCCACGGGUCUCCCGGGGCUUCUUCGCCCUCUGCCCACCCGCGUCCUCCCUCCGCUGGCUCCGAUGGGGCUGGAAGUGCGGCCCCUCGCCGCCCCGCAGACCAUGCACUUCAAGCUGAGGAAAGUUCGCAAGCGGCGAGAGAUGCUGCUGCCGCAGCUGGGCUUCAUCUGCGCCAUCCUCUUCUUCGUGUGGUGCAUGUCCAGCCUGCUCUCCAAGCUGGGACAAGAAUCCGCUAUUACAGACAAUAAUGUUUUGUCAGAAAUAUGGAGGAAUAGAAGAUUGAUGGCCUCACAUAAUGUGACACAUGAAGAAAAGAACUGUACAGAGCCAGCAAUUAAUGAAUUUCCUGAAGAUGUAUUUACAAAUGAGGAGCGGCAGGAGGGAGCAGUGCUGUUUCAUAUUAUUGGUGCUCUUUAUAUGUUCUAUGCCUUGGCUAUAGUAUGCGAUGACUUCUUUGUUCCCUCGUUAGAGAAAAUUUGUGAGAAAUUACACUUGAGUGAAGAUGUUGCUGGAGCCACUUUCAUGGCCGCAGGAAGCUCGACCCCAGAGUUAUUUGCAUCUGUUAUAGGUGUAUUUAUCACUCAUGGUGAUGUAGGAGUUGGGACCAUUGUUGGGUCAGCAGUUUUCAACAUCCUUUGCAUUAUUGGCGUCUGUGGGAUAUUUGCGGGACAGGUGGUUCGUCUCACCUGGUGGUCUGUGUUUAGGGACUCCGUGUACUACACGUUUUCUGUGAUCCUUCUUAUCAUUUUCAUAUAUGAUGAGCAAAUAGUAUGGUGGGAAAGCCUUAUACUCAUCAUUAUGUAUUUCUUCUACAUACUUAUCAUGAAGUACAAUGUGAAGAUGCAAAAGUUGUUCACCAUCAAAAGCAUGAAUGUUGGGAAUGGCAACACAGUCAGCAAUGAGCUGGAAGAUGGUAAUAAAUGUUAUGACAUAAGCUGUGAUGACCCAUCCAUGCCAUUGCUAUGGAAAGUGAAGGGAAAGCAGCAAUAUGGCAAAAACCCGGUGGUGAUGGUGGAUGAGAUCAUCUGCUCCAGUCCUCCGAAAUUCCGCUUCCCUGAAGCUGGCUUACGAAUAAUGAUUACAAAUAAAUUUGGACCCAGAACCAGGCUGCGGAUGGCAAGCAGGCUCAUUAUUAACGAGCGUCAGCGACUGAUCCACUCUGCCAAUGGCACAAGCAAAACACUUCAAAAUGGGAAACAUGAAAAUAUUGAAAAUGGGAACAUCAUUGUGGAAAAUCAAGAGGAGGAGAAUGAGCAUGAAAACACAUCUCCCUUUUCAGCACCAGAUGGAAAAAUGAACAAAGUCAAAUGGAUUGUCACGUGGCCAUUGCUAUUCCUGCUCUUUUGUACCAUUCCAAACUGCAACAAACCACGUUGGGAGAACUUUUUUAUGCUGACAUUCAUUUUAUCCACUCUGUGGAUUGCUUUGUUCUCCUAUUUUAUGGUGUGGAUGGUUACUAUAACUGGAUACACCCUGGGGAUCCCUGAUGUUAUCAUGGGCAUUACUUUCCUAGCUGCAGGAACAAGCGUUCCAGACUGCAUGGCCAGCUUAAUAGUAGCAAGACAAGGUCUUGGUGACAUGGCAGUGUCCAAUACAAUAGGGAGCAAUGUAUUUGACAUUUUAGUAGGCCUUGGAAUACCAUGGGGCAUGCAAACUAUGUUGAUUGAUUAUGGCUCAGUGGUUAAGAUAAAUAGCAAGGGACUGGUCUAUUCAGUUGUGCUUCUGCUGGGGUCUGUAGCUCUUACUGUGGGUGGAAUCCAUGUAAAUAAAUGGAAACUUGACAAGAAACUAGGCUUCUACGUGCUGUUUCUUUAUGCCAUUUUCCUAUGUUUCUCUGUAUUGAUAGAGUUUAAUGUCUUCACCUUUGUCAACUUUCCAAUGUGCCGAAAAGAUCUUUAAAACAAGCCACAACCAUGAGAGAGGCUGAAAUACUCUUGAUUCCUUGUGCUAUAAAUGAUAGGAGAUAUUUUACAUUUCUACCUUCUCAUCAGUAAUCUGAUUUUCUUUCCUGCUUUGUCAUCCAACAAGCACUUUUACUUACUUGGAAGGAAAACAAACCUUUCUUUUAAUAUGCUAGCUCAAGGCAACCAAAGCAUUUUCCUCUUUGGGUAUUGCUGUUCAGUCAUCCAACUUGUGGAUCUCAUGCAGAGCGCUCAAAAGUCCAAUCUUCAUGGUGUUCUGCUGUGGUUUUCAUUCUCCUUAUGUAGACAAUAAUGCACCACAGUCAAUCGGAACAAGACUAGAAAAAACUCUCCUCUCUCUUUUUUUGACAUUUAUUGCCCGUGGAAAAAGAAGAGGCUGGCUCAGAACUUUUUUUUAUUCCAUUAAAGCAUCGGAGCUACAGGACCAGAAAGUCCGAUGCACAUAAGAUGGCAUGCACUGUUGUGGACAUAUUUUUUUCCCCUUCAAGUGCUCUGUUUAUAGAGGAACUGCAUUGACAUUUAUAAGCCUUUGUUGGUGAUUUCUGAAUAUUUAAUCACUCUUUUUUAAAAAAAUGUGAAGAACACAUGAACAAUUUUACAGAGAAAGAAAAGAAAAUGGUUAAUAUCGUAUCACUUUUGAUGAUGCACACUAAGAGUAAUAGAAUCUGAAAUCUUCAAAAGAGAAUAUAUGUGCAAAAUAUUCAUACUUGAAAAAUGUGUUUUACCAUCAGCAAGGAAUACUGUACAAAUAUAAACUAACAUUUGUGGAAUAUUAAAGCCUGUAAGUAACAUUUUGCAUUGGUACUGGUAAGCCCACUUGUAAUUUUAGAAGAAACUAAAAGAUUAACGCCCAACGGGGCAUCGGUUUCUAGUGGCAAUUGUUAUCUGAAAAAUAGAACAUGAACACAUUCCAGACCUUCUUGCAAUAUGAUGCAUCAGGGAUUUGGGGGGGAAUUUAUUUCAUUAUUAGUACAUUAAUCUAGAAGCUGCUACAUCUUCUCCAUUUUGUUUUGUUUUUGUUUGUAACCACAAACUUAAUAGAGAUGGGUACCCAACACUAAGUAAUGCAUAUAAUAAACAAUUCUUACAAGACUAAGUCUGUCAUGGGAACUAUCUCCUUAAUCAGAUUGUAUGCAGGAAGUUUUAAAGCAUAUCUUACUUUAGAGCCAAAUUAUUUUAACCCCACAGAACCAGAUUUUGAUUUUCUUUGCACCUGUAUAAAUCUAGAUUAAAAGAGUAACUCUGAAUUUUCCUGGGCAUAACUGAGAACAGAAUCUGGCUCAGAAUAAUUAGUAACAUUACCAAAACUGUGUAAUGUCACUGUUUGAAGUGGAGUUACAAAGAAGAUUCAUCAAAAGAAUUUAAUAUAUUUUGAAACUGCUUCUUAACUCUAAAAUGUAUUUUAAAGUUGUAUAUGAAAAAAAUAUAUAAGGUUUCUAAAGAAGCACAAUUAACUUUAUACAUAGAUUUAUUUUUUAUUUUUUUAAUGUUUAUAUAGCAAAACAUCUUUCAGAUUACUAAAGAUUUGAUGCAUUUUAAAUACAUAAAUAUUUUGCAUUUAAGAUUAUAUAUCAAGAUGCCCAUUAUUUGUCAACAAAAAUACUUUAAAUCCUUAGGAAAUAAAAUUGAUUAGAGAGGUUCCUUUGCAUAUAUUAAAUUUAUCUGACUAAUAUGUGACCAAUAAUUCCUUUCCAAGCAAAAUGGCAUGCACAACCUUAAUUACCCCAGGCAAUGUGUUAUAAUUCAGGCUAUGUUUUGAUGUGUGCAGGGAGUACCAAUUAAUGAAUGUAUUUUGCUGUUGAAUUUUAAUAGGAAUGGGAUCCUUUCAACACAGUCCUAAAGAAAAAGGGCAACAUAUCUAUUAUUUGUCUUACUGUUCUUUGUUCCAAACAUCAGUAUUAGUAACCAAGCUAAGUUUUGGAGUUUUCCCCCUCACUCAGGUGGUUGAACUCACCCAUCCUAAAGAUGGCAACAAAUGGCAUUUGAUUAAGAGGCUUUAUCAAAUAGGCAAGUGUGACCAGUAUGUGUAAGUCACUGGAAUGCAAAUGUAAUGGCAUUUAAAAUACCUUCACUGUGGUUUAACGUGGGAAGAGGUGGAAUCUAUGCACACCUGUUUUAUUCUUAUAUUGUAGAAAGGCUGCAAGCCAGGGCUAGAUUGUGCCUCCAGGACACAGCUCCUGCCCCUUUUUCUUCCUUCCAUUCCAGGAGGAUAAUUGUCCUGUUCUGGUAGUAAUUUAUUAUGCCCCUUAUAAUGGCUCGUAUGGGCUGGCUGGCAUGGGAGAGCAGAGUCAAGGCUCCAUUCACUCCCCACCUACUUACUGCUAGGUGGGUAGUGGGGAGUAGCAAGCUCACAGCACCCUCUCAUAUUCAGAUGCAACUCCUAGGUAGCCCAUGGUGGGGCAUUAUGGGGAUUCCUAAACUACGGGAGCAUGGCCCAAGUUACACUCUAGCCCCUGUGGUCAGCUGAGUCAUCAGCGAUUCGUGCAGCAACAAAUUGCACCAUUUUACACAUUUAUGGGAUCAAAGACUGAAAAGCAGAUUGAAUCUGGAUAUUUCAGAGCCAAGCAAGCCCCAAAAGACUAAAGAUCUUGUGCUGGUUACCUGGCAGCCAGUCCUAAACAUGCUGCUCAGCCAGGCAUGGAAUUAUUGGGUGUGCUAAUAUGGAUUAGAAUUAUGCUGCCUAAAAGGAUGCUGUUAUCAUGGUUGAGUUAACCCAUUCUACAGCUAUCUGUUAUAUUUUGUCCUAACCAGAGAUUGUCCCAAAACAAAACAUUCGACCCAAAUUUCACAGGUUGGUCCCAUCUCUAUAAUGGGCCCAACUAGAAAACUGACCCAUUUCUUCCGCCCUUCAAUUUGGAGGAUAUUUGGAUUCUGAAUCAAUUCUGACUCUGAACCCCAGGGCUCAGCCUCAUGUCUAACAUUUAUAAUAUUACAGAUAAGCUACCAUGCUUACCAGAAAUAAUUAUUGAUAAAAGUCUCGUCUAACGGGACCAGGUGAGCAGGGAUAUAUACUUUGCCAAAGAAGUAUUAUGCACUGUAUCAGGGCCUUGAUGAAAAAUUGUCAUGUAAAUUAGCUUACUCUGAAGAUUUCUCUCUAUACACUUUAUCCAUAUACAAAAAUAAAGAAAUCAAUAUAAUCCAAGCCAUGCAGAUAAACUGAGCGACCUGAGAAAAAUUGUUUUGAUGGUCAGGAGCUGCUUGUUUUAUACUGUCUAAAUAUCUUCAAGAUGAUAUAUAUCAUAACAAUAAUAUUAUACUUGUGCCUUCUGAAUGUAAAAAAAAUCACUCAUAAGGUCUGAAAAACAUGACACAUUUGGGAGCUUUCCAGUAAAAAACAAAAGCAGGGAUUCAUGUUUGCCUCCCUGAAUUGGCAAAAUUAUAAAUCACAUCUGUUCACAUUGUAUAUGUAAAAAUCUGCAUCUGUUUGUUCUAUUAAUCAUAGCACAGAGUAAGCUAGCGGAGUCUGGAAUUUGUUGUGUUUUUGCAUAAUAUAGUUAAUGUUUAGUGCAUGAGUGAAAAGAAAACUGGUGGAUGUGAGAGGGGAAACUGUUAAUGUGAUACAAAAGUUGCCAAGAAAAUAUAAUUGAAAAAUAGUAGUACUCCAGAAAAAAAUAUUCUCAAUCCAGCAAAGCUUGACUUCAAUAAAACUGGUCACAUGCUUAAAGUUAAGCAAGUGUUUAAGUGCCUUGCUGAAUUGGGGCCUAAAUAAACAACAGAUGGUCUCUGGGUUUCGUAUCACUUUCAUUUCCUCUCCAUCUCGUAUUUUGUAGACUCCCCUGCAGAAGUCACUGUGGAUUUACAUUGCUGUAAAUGACAGAACUUGCUCUCUUCCCCUUGUUUUUAAAACUUAUGACAAAUUGUGCACCUUUUUAAGUGUUUCACAAUCUAUACGACAUGAAAAGUCAUUUGUCUUCAGUGGAGCAGGUGUAAGGAAAAGAGUUACCCCCAAAAUACAGUAAACUCUCAAUGAAAAGGGAAGGAAAGCAGACUGCAGAACAGUUCCUUUCCUCUACGACUCCUUCAAAGUAGCACAGUGACAAGUCAUGGGAUGAACUGCCCCUAGUGAAAUCAAUGGGUGUUUUGUCAUUGACUUCAGUGGGGCUAGGAAUUCACACAUAUGCUGUAGUGUUUAUGUUAUAAAAUUUUGUAACUUAGGGCCUGUUUCUGCAGUGGGAAUCUGCAUCCCAACUCCCACUGAUUUUACUGGGAGUAUUACAUGGAUCAGGCCCUGAAUUGUUUAACCUAAACUUAAAAGCUAGCUUUAGGCUGAUUGUGACUAUUUGAUGAUCUGAGCGCUGCUCUUUGAUUGCAAUUCAGCCUGGAAGAACAUGUGAGUCUUCCCCCAUGUAAGCAGGGUGUCCAUUUUCCUCUUAGCUCAGUCAUUAUUAGUGUGCCAAUUUUAUUUUAUUUGUUUAUAUAUAGUUUUAUUGAUUUGGGUUUUAUUUAUUAAGGAUCAUGUUCAUAUUUAAGAGAAAACACCACAUUUUUCCUAGUGUUAUUUUUACACUCUAAUUAUACAGAAUUUCCAUUCCUAUCAUUGAAUUCCUUUGUGAAUGAGCUUAAAAUUCAUGCACUUGUUUCAAUUUCUUCUUCACAUGUUUCGUUCUAGUUGCACAAAUUUCUCACCUGUUAGUUUUGUCAUUUUCCGUCGCAAAGCUCAUUCCUGGGUUGAUUGAAAUGGUAUGUCAUGUAUUUGUAACCUGGGUAGGUGUUCUCAGUGGAGUUUAUAAGCACUGCCUGGCAAGGAAAACCUCUGAGCUUCUUAUGUAAUUUAAGGCAACAUUGAAUGAAAUGUAUACCCAGGUGAAACCAAAGAAUUUUGCUAUUAAAUAAUCCAGCACCUUGAGACACAAAAUUCUGUAGUAGCAGGCUUAAUAUCCUUCACUUACAUGUGAUCAGACACUAAAAAGAAAUUUAAAAAUUUGUACGAGUACUUAAUAUAUAUUUUCCUUUUUAUUUCUUUAAGCCGGAGCUCUAACUUGUUCUAAAUGUGCAGAGUGGCAGGAUUGAUGUUAGCUAACUGCAGGCUUCCUAAGGAAUUUAGUUCCAGCAGUGCUGCACCAAAACCAGUUUUCAGCUUUUUUGAAAAACUGUGUACCCAAGUGAUCAAUGCACCAUUUGAAAAGAAAAGAAAAAAUGCCAUUCAAAUAAGCCCACGUGUACAUUAUAAUUUCGAACAUAUCACCGCUAAAAUAUCGAGAGCAAAAUAUGCACAUAUUAAAAAACUUUCCAAGGGGGCGUCUUGAACCUGCAUUUAUCUGUUUCCAGUAGCUUUUACUGUACUGGCCUCAUCAUAGUACCCAUGGCAGAACACAGUGCACCAAUGUGUGGAGUCCUGAAGCUUUUUCCCAGGGAAGACAGUAAAGUCCUGCACAUCUGUGCAUUGAAACUGGUGGUAUGUGUAGUACCCGCUACAUUCGCUCAAAUGGGUGAUGAACAUGGCAAUUCAUGUAUCACAUGUUCUGCAUGUUACCAUACUUCUGAAAUGCAAAUAAUAAUAAUACUGCCUGAAAGAAGCAAAUGGUAAUGGGAAACUAGUGUCAUUUUCAUAUUACCUUAAAGGCGAUUGCUGGUAAGUAAUUAAUCAUGUUUCUUUUUAUUUCUGCACAAAGAAUGUAUGCAAUCUUAGGUCUGUUGAUCUUUGAGAUGAUCUUGGUAAACUUGAAAGGCAACUGUGGAGGUUGAUGUAUAGUAAGAGUAUGUAAAGGUAUCAGAAUGUAUCAGAGUCAGACAGGAAGCCUCCAAAAAAUCUACACCCUGAGCCUCUUCUUUUCAGAGGAUUGUUGCAGCAAGAUUAUGCCCAUUAUUCAUAUACUAUUUCUGCAUGCAAAGAAAUAAACCUGCUAACAUGGCAGCAAUUAUGUUCAAAAUGGCUCAAAUUGUGCAACAAAGCUAUGACCAAAUUCCUGCCCUCACUUACUCUGGAUUUACACCUGUGAAACUACUGUAAUAUCCAUGGAGUUAGAUCAGAGUUACACCAGUGUAACCAAGGGCAUAAUUUGGCUCCCACUGUCUUCUCUGUUGCCAGAAACUCUUUGGCAUUAUUUGUGAACACUGAAGAUAUGUCUACAGUGCAGUCAUGGGGUGUGGUUUCAGCUCCUGUAGAUACACAUGAGCUAGCUUUAAUCUAGCUAGCUCACGUACUGGAGCAAUGAAAAUGCAGUGCACACUUCAGUGAAGGUUCGUUCUCUAUCGUUUACCCAUGCUUUUUGGUGGGCUUGUAUAGCCCAUGCUGAAGCAUGUGCUGCCCCCUAGCUUCGCUGCACUGGUACCUGAGCUAGCUAGAUUAAAGCUAGUUUGGGUGUGUCUGCAUGAGCUGCAAUCACAUCCUGUGACUGCCAUGUAGACAUACCAUGAAAUAACUUCUGAUCCUGUUAAAUUUCCCUUUAUUUCACACUUGCAGACAUUUACAAUGCAUCCUGCAGAGGUGCGGUACCUCUUUAAUACUAUGACACAUUUCUUGAGCUGCUCAGUUUGAAAUCAAAGUGACUACUUUGUAAACUGUAAAUAGCACAAAUCUAUUUAUCACGUUAUUUAUUUUUUCAAUGACUGUGACCUUAUGCACUGUGAUAUGGGGUCCUUUGUACAGAGAUGUAUGUCAUGAAAAUCAAAUUGAAUUAAUGUGAUAAUUUGUUACAAAAUGUUGGCAUGGUAUUUGAUAAUUUUUAUUGUGAACAUUUUAAGAUAGUUAAAAUGAACUAUACAUUUAUAAAGAACCUAGCAGUCAGUAUUGUAAUGUACUAUACAUCAACAUGUACACUGUCAAUAAAAUGUAUA